GUGCCGGUCACGUGGGGGCGGCGCGGUGACGUACCCGGCCCGGCGCAGCAUGGCGGACUCGGCCUCGCAGGUGCUGCUGGGCUCCGGCCUCACCGCGCUCUCGCAGCCGCUCAUGUACGUCAAGGUGCUGGUGCAGGUGGGAUAUGAGCCGCUUCCGCCGACCCUGGGCAGGAAUUUGUUUGGGCGACAGGUUUACCAGCUGCCGGGGCUCUUUGCGUAUGCUAAGCACAUUAUGAAGAUAGAUGGAAGAGCCGGGCUCUUCAAAGGUUUGGCUCCCAGACUCUGCUCAGGCGCCAUCGGCACCAUCGUGCACAGUCAGGUGUUACAGCGGUACCAGGAAGCUGACCAGGAGGAGGAGCCUGGGUCCAGCCUCAAGGAGCCCCUGUCCUCGCUAGAGCAGGUCAUCAAGGAGACCUCCCGAGAGAUGGUUGCUCGUUCUGCCGCGACACUCGUCACCCAUCCCUUCCACGUGAUCACGCUGAGAUGCAUGGUGCAGUUCAUUGGCAGGGAAACCAAGUACAGUGGCAUCUUCAGCCCCUUCGUCACCAUCUACCGGGAAGAGGGCAUCCUGGGCUUCUUUGCGGGGCUCGUUCCCCGGCUGCUGGGUGACGUGCUGUCGCUGUGGCUCUGUAACAUGCUGGCCUACCUCAUCAAUACCUAUGCACUGGAGAACGGGGUCUCCGCCAUCAGCGAGAUGAAGAGCUACUCACAGGCUGUCACUGGAUUCUUCGCCAGUAUGCUGACAUACCCCUUUGUGCUUGUUUCCAACCUGAUGGCCAUCAACAACUGUGGGCUGGCUGGUGGCCUCCCCCCAUAUGCACCCAACUACUCCUCCUGGUUAGACUGUUGGAGCCAGCUGCUUAAGGAGGGGAACAUGAGCCGAGGCAACAGCCUGUUUUUCCGGAAGGUGCCUGCGGGGAAGCUGUACGUGUGGGAGGAGAAGCGGUUCUGCUGAGGCCGGAGCUGGGCGAGGGGCCCAGGGCCGGGCCAGAGGCUGGCCCAGACGCACUGAAUGAUGGGAGAGUGGUGAUUUCUAUACAGUUUUUUAAAUAAUGAUUCAAUCUUGGGAAAC